AUGGACAGCCAUGAAAAAUUAUCGUCCACUUCAUACCUAAGCGCUAACAAUGUUGUUAAUGAAUGUGAAAGACUUCGUUUAACUAUUAAUACGGUUCCGCGGGAUGUCAUCAAUGCUAAGAAUGAUUCAAAUAAACUCUUGAAUUCCGUCAAGAAUUCAUUGGACUUAUUGUUUGAGGAGAGGUUUGAAUUAAGACAAAAACUUAUGGAAAGUGAAUCAAAUUUAAAGAAAAUUGAUUUAAGACUUCUUUUUCGAAAGUAUGAUAUGGAAAGAUAUAAAACAAUGGCCAACGAUGACUAUGAGAUGAGCUCAAUGGCUAAAUCAGAUCCAUUACAAUCACUGUAUAAUCAGAAACUUCAUUAUUCUGAUCAAAAAUGCACUCUCGAAGCCAAAGUAGAAGAAAAUGAAAGCAAGAUUAGGAAAAUUGAGAGCGAAUUAUUAGAAAAGACUGGAUCUGAUGAUUGGCUAAUCAAUCGAUUUUUUACCGAUGAGAACAUUAAGGCUGAGUUCAAAGAUAAAGCAUUUGCUGAAAAACAUUCGCUCGAAAUUGCAAAAGAGAUAUUCAUAUCAAAAGCUUCACAACAACCUCUUUGAAGAUACUGUUGAAA